ACUCCUCUCAAAUGGAUCCACCGGCAAGAGCUAUCAUCAAUUUGAGGCAUGUGAAGUACUUUUGUUGAGGCAAUACAGGAAUUUUGAUCUCGGAUGAAUGGACACAUUUGCAAAAUGAUCAAACAAACCAAAGAACCUUAUAUGAAUCUCAGGCAGUGAGAUAUUUAGGAAAAGUAUACAGGUUAACAACAGCAGGUGAAGGUAGACACCACCAUCUCAAGAUCGUUAUCAGGAACAAAGUGAGUUGGAUUGCAACACAAUUUACAAAGAUAACAACAGUGUCAGGUAAGACUAAUCAAGGUUUGAAAGGUGUGUUCAUCUUAUCUAUGAGACGGAAGUGUCCCUGGUGAUGUGAAAGCUGCACAUCACACUCCCCUCUGCCCUCCACGGACCCCCCCGCCCCCACCUCCCCCAACCUUUCACUCCACCUGCGUGGAUGAAGCACUUCUAAACCUGAAGCCCAGGUGAGCUCAGCGCAGACACAAGAAACAUGGACACACUACACCUGCCACAGCCAAUGGCUGCUCAAAAAAAUGGCAUGGAAGACCACAAUGAUAGUCAUGAAAAAAAAAGCAAAGAGGGAAAAGCGAGCCCUGCACACUCAACUGUGACUCUGAUUGAGGAGGCGCAGGAGGAUGCAGACCCAUGGGACAUGCCAGAGCUGAAGGACACAGGGGUCCCAUGGUCAGCUCUGGAUACCAAAGGGAAAGUGUUGAGAGUGUUGGUGUCGGUGGGGAAGUUCAUCCUUCUGCUGGGUUUUCUCUACAUGUUCAUCUGUUCUCUCGACAUCCUCAGCUCCGCUUUCCAGCUUGUUGGAGGUAAAGCAGCAGGUGACAUCUUACAGGACAACACAGUUCUGUCCAACCCUCUGGCUGGUCUGGUCAUUGGUGUUCUUGUCACUCUGCUGGUCCAGAGCUCAUCCACCUCCUCCUCCAUAGUUGUCAGCAUGGUAUCCUCUGGAUUGCUGACGGUCCAGUUGGCUGUUCCUAUUAUCAUGGGCACCAACAUCGGCACCUCUGUCACCAACACACUAGUUGCCAUGACGCAGGCUGGUGACCGCAACACCUUUCGCAGGGCUUUUGCAGGGGCCACUGUGCACGACUUCUUCAACUGGCUCUCUGUGCUGGUGCUGCUGCCUCUGGAGGUCGCCACUGGUUAUUUGUUCAAGGUCACCAAGCUCAUCAUUGAUUCUUUCCAAAUUGAGAGUGGAGAGGCCCCGGACUUGCUAAAUGUGAUCACUGAUGUUCUUACUGAGUCAAUCAUACAGUUGGAUAAGUCUGUCAUAAAUGGGAUUGCCACAGGAGAUCCAGAAGCCAGGAAUAAGAGUCUCAUCAAGACAUGGUGCAAAACCUUUACCAACACAACCUUAAUGAACGUCACAGUUCCUGGUCCAGAGAACUGCACGUCUCCAUCACUCUGCUGGGUCGAUGGCAACUACACCUUCACACUGAAGAACAUUUCUGAAACGUACAAUGUCCAGAAAUGUAAGCAUCUCUUUGUUAGUGUGAAUCUGCCUGACCUUGCAGUGGGUCUGAUCCUGCUGGCUCUUUCUCUGCUGGUGCUCUGCUCCUGCCUGAUCCUGAUUGUCAAGCUGCUCAACUCCAUGCUGAAGGGACAAGUGGCUGCAGUCAUCAAGAAGAUCCUUAACACCGAUUUCCCUUUUCCAUUUUGCUGGGUCACCGGUUACAUUGCCAUUUUAGUGGGAGCUGGAAUGACUUUCAUUGUGCAGAGCAGUUCGGUUUUCACUUCUGCUAUUACUCCACUUGUUGGUAUUGGUGUCAUCAGCAUAGAAAGAGCAUACCCAUUGUCUCUGGGUUCAAAUAUUGGCACAACCACCACAGCUAUCCUGGCGGCUAUGGCAAGUCCUGGAGAUACACUUGCGAAUGCUCUACAGAUUGCCCUUGUGCACUUCCUGUUCAACAUUUCUGGCAUUAUUCUGUGGUAUCCAAUCCCCUUCACCCGCAUCCCUAUACGGCUGGCAAAAAGCCUGGGGAACAUCACCGCCUCCUACCGCUGGUUUGCUGCCAUCUACAUCAUCUUUUUCUUUUUCAUUCUACCGCUCGCCAUCUUCAGCUUGUCAUUGGCUGGCUGGCAGGUACUGGUCGGCGUGGGUGCACCUCUCAUUGUCAUAUUGAUCAUCAUCAUAGUGAUCAACAUACUGCAGAAACGAAAACCCGGGUGUCUGCCUGCAGUACUGCGAUCCUGGGACUUCCUCCCUCUGUGGGCCCACUCCAUGGCUCCAUGGGACAAAGUGGUUGGUGUGAUCACUGCCAAAUGCUGUUGCUGCUGCAAAUGCUGCCAAAUUUCUGCCGAUGAUGAAGAACCCGGAGAUAAAGAAUCAGUGGGAAAUACCAACAAAGAGGUGUAUGAUAACCCUGCAAUGAGUGCAGAGAAGGAGGUGAAAAAUGAGAUGAAUUUAGAGCUAAAGAUUCUGAAGAUGACCCGGCUUUGAGAAUUUGUAUACAUAUAUGUAUGUGUGUGACUUAUUGGGUAUGAUGCAAAGACAUGCAUUGGUCAUGCACAAGGACAAAACACAUUUAGACAAAACUCUUAAAUAUUCGUAAUAUUUAUGCUAUCACUUUAGUGUAAGAUGGGAAAUGGUCAUAUAGAGAGUUAAAACUCUGCGUAUCAACAAAAUGCCACUUGCAGGAAAGGGAUGGUCUUUCAUCUCCAUGGUGUUAACUGAGGUGGCCUUUAAAGGAUAAGGCUUGCAAUAUUCUUUUUUGUUUUGUUUGUUAUAUUUAACAAAUCCCACAAUUCAGUAGUUCAUCAUCUCUCAGUACUUUACGACUUGCCUCAAUACUUUAUAACUUUCCAUACCCUGUCUGUAGCAUUCAGCUUCAAGUUAUGUUAAAAAUAAAAAUCUAGUUUAAUUUUUAAAAGGCAAAAAAUCAUUACUCGAACAAUUCUAGUGAUUAUUUCCGGAGCAGGAGGGUGUUAUGUAAUACAUAAUAAGGGAAUUUGUGGACAAAAUUUAAAUAUAGACUAUCACCAAACUAAUAUAGUAUUUGAGUUUCCAACUUUAGCUCUUCAGAAUUAAUCAAAAUUUAACAAUUUUCAAAUAUAGUUAUUGGGUUUUUAUCUAGUAAUGAGAUUACCAAAGUAAUGAAUGCAAAUAAGGUGAAUGUUGUUGACCAAA